AAUUUGCAAGAAUUUUCAAGAGUCCUCGCAAUUAAUGCUGCGCGCGGUUCUUGCCGUAACCGUACGGAAAUUUUGCACCAAACCGUCCACCUGCGAUGCAGCAAUGAAGUAUCUGAACGUAGCGGAGAAAAACGAUGCGGCCAAGAAUAUUGCGGCCCUGCUGUCGCGGGGCGCGUCCCAGCGGCGCGAGGGAUACUCGCCGUACAACAAGAUCUACGAGUUCGAUUACAAUCUGCGCGGUCAGCAGGUGAAGAUGGUCAUGACGUCGGUGUCGGGCCACUUGUUGAACUUUGAGUUUCUGCCGUCGUUCCGGGGGUGGCACAGCUGCAACCCGGAGCAGCUGUUUGACGCGCCGGUCCGGAAGGGUUGCACGGAGAGUGCGGAGAAGAUUAAGCGGACGCUGGAGCGGGAGAUUCGGGGCUGCGGGGCGUUGGUCAUCUGGACGGAUUGCGAUCGAGAGGGGGAGAAUAUUGGGUUUGAGAUUAUUGAGGUGUGUCGGGCGGUGAAGCCGCAGAUUAAGGUGUUGAGGGCAAAGUUUUCCGAGAUUACGGCGGCGUCGAUUAAGCGUGCGGUGGACAAUUUGGCGGCGCCGGAUGAGCUGCAGAGCGAGGCGGUGAAUGUGAGGAGCGAGUUGGAUUUGCGGAUAGGGGCGGCCUUUACGCGGUUUCAGACGCUGCGGCUGCAGAACGUGUUUCCGGACAAGAUCUCGAACAGUUUGGUGUCGUACGGGAGUUGCCAGAUUCCGACGUUGGGGUUUGUCGCGCAGCGGUACAAGGAGAUCGAGAACUUUAUUCCGCAGGCGUUUUGGAAGAUUAAGCUGAAUCAUACCAUCGGGGAGCUCACGGUGGAGUUCAACUGGUCCCGGAACCGGCUGUUCGACAAGCAGUGCUGCGAGGCGUACCUGAUGCUGUGUCAGUCGGAGCAGAUGGCCAAAAUCGUGAGUGUGACGAACAAACCCAAGAGCAAGUGGCGUCCGACGCCGCUGGACACGGUCGAGCUGGAGAAGCUGGGUUCGCGGAAGCUGAAGCUCAACGCCAAGACGACGAUGACGAUCGCGGAGAAGCUGUACACGCAGGGUAUAAUCAGCUAUCCGCGUACGGAGACGAACAUGUUUACGCACGACAUGAAGCUGGCUCCGCUGGUGGAGAUGCAGGCCGGACAUCCCGAGUGGGGGGACUUUGCCCAGAAGGUGAUGCAGUGGGGACCGAAUCCGCGCAACGGGAAGAAAUCUGACCAGGCCCAUCCUCCGAUCCAUCCGACCAAGUUCGUGACGAAUUUGAGUGGGGAUGAGAAGAGGGUGUACGAGCUUGUGGUGCGACACUUUUUGGCCUGCGUGAGCAAGGACGCCGUCGGUGCGGAAACCAUCGUGAACGCGGUGCUGGCAGAGGAAGAGUUCACCGCUUCCGGGCUGUGCAUCCUUGAGCGGAACUAUCUGGAGGUUUAUCCGUACGAUCGAUGGAACUCGAAGGAGAUUCAUGCGUACCAGAUGGGGAACACGUUCGAGCCGACCGAGCUGGGACUGCACGAAGGCUCGACGACGGCGCCGAACAUGCUGACGGAGGCGGACUUGAUUGCCCUCAUGGAAAAGCACGGCAUCGGGACGGACGCAACGCACGCGGAACACAUCAACACGAUCAAGGAACGCGGCUACAUCGGCGAAGCUGACCGCGGCUUUCUCGUGCCUGGAACACUCGGCAUGGGCCUCGUCGAGGGCUACGAAUCGAUGGAACUCCCGCUGGCUCAACCCAAGCUUCGAGCCGGUCUCGAAGAGGACCUUAAACGGAUUUGCGAAGGACAAAGAGAUCCUAAAGUUGUCCUCCAAGAGCAGAUCCAAAAGUACAAAGAAGCGUACCGGGUCAUCACAGAAAAGGCCCGAGCGUUGGACCAAGCCAUGGGUCAACGACUCCAACAAACCCCGCGUGACGCCCCCACCAACCAGUUCAACGCCGCGGGACCUUCUUCCAUCCAGGAAGUUUGCAAGUGUCCAAAGUGUUCCCAAAUGAUGUGCCUCAAGACGAAGAAGGACAACAGCGGCUAUUACCUCGGCUGUCUCGGAUUCCCCGACUGCAAAAACUCAGUCUGGUUCGACGACAACAUCAAGGAAGCUUCCGCGACCACCGAAAUCUGCCCCAAAUGUGCCACCGGCAACAAAAAGCUCGAGGUCAAGUUCAAAUUCUCCCGAUACUACGCCAUGCUCAACCACACCAACAACGAAUCCUACAAAACGUGCAUCGUCUGCGACGACAAGUUCCGAGAAACGCUCGGAAUCAACGACAGCAACGUCAAGCAGUUCCGAUCGAACGGCAUCCGGACGGACGUGACAAUCCCUCCCCGAGGAACCGCCCCACCCAACAACGCCCCUCGCCCACCAUCCCAAACCCCCUUCUCCGACCGCUCCAGUGGCCGCGGAAGCGGAACAAGCACGACCAGCCGAAGCUGGGGCUCAAACAACGACGAUGACGACGAUCGCCGCGGUGGCGGCGGAGGCGCCAUCUCCACCGGUCGCACCAACAAUACAAACUCCGCCGCAGGCGGCAGCAGUGGCUGGGGCAGCAGCAACCUAUCCUUCAAUAACUCCAGCACCACAACCACCACCAACACGUGGAACCGUAACCCGGCACCACCUGCACCCGCCCGUGGCCCACCGCGAAGCGGCAACGACGACGAGGUGCUCUGUCGGUGCAAUUUGCCCGCCAAAUCGCUCACCGUGCGGAAGGACGGUCCCAACCAGGGCCGACCGUUCUACGCCUGUCCCAAGCCCAAGGACGAGCAGUGUCAGUUUUUCCAGUGGGCGGAUGAGCCGCCGCCGAGCGCACCGGGAACUGGUGGUGGAGUGGGAGGAGGGUACAGUUGGGGUCAGAAAAGGCCAGCGCCGGCGUCGGAUGGGGGCGGCUUUGCGGGGGGAAGUCGUGCGGCGGGAGGAUCGUCCGAUUGGGGCAGAUCGAGUGGGGCUGGUUCCAGCGGCAGCAGGGGUGGAUCGAAAACGGGAGAUAGGGCGAGGGCGACCAGGAAGUGCGGCUUUUGUCGGCAGGAGGGGCACACGAAGGCCAAGUGUCCUCAGAGAGAAAAUGCGGAUUAUUAGCGUUAUGAGUUGCGUUAGAUUAACUGUUAUGUUGUACAUUUAUAAAAGCAUUUUUCAUUAUAUAAAUUGUACAGUUAAUUAU